AUGGUGGCGGAGGUGAAGCGCGAGGUCCUGACAGCGGUGGUCAAUCGCCAGCACAGACGCAUCCGAGACGCGAAUCUUCCGGCAGCCCUGGUGCGGAUGCAUGCGGUGGCCCGAACGGAGCAGAUUCCAGUCAUGCUACGUGAUGUAUUCCGCGACCAGGCAGACGUCGCGAUCCCUGGGCUCCUCGCGGAGCAGUACGCGCUUGCUCGAAGACAAGCUGUGCCACGUGUGCUGAGCAACCUCUACAAUCGGCUGCUCGUGGAGGCCGUGCCAGACUUGCUGGGCCGGCAGAUUAAGGCUCAGCGUGUGAAUUUCGUGCCGCGCACCCUCGGAUCGCUGAACCUCAAGCUGCAGCGAAUCGCGUUCCCGUACGUACUGCAGGAAGUCUUCGAGCGCGCGUGCCUCGAGGUAGUGCCAUUUGUACUGCGCUCCAUCAAGAGCGAGAUCGUGGCUCGGAACAUCGCGACAAACCGGGUGACUGCCGACGCCGCGAACCUGGCGGUGGUGAAUCUCUGGCGACAGGUAGGCAGCACUCCGACGGAUUUUGACGCGUGGAUCGACGAUAGCCCCACGGGCCAAGCGCGCACGGGAUUCGAGUUGCUGCCCGCUACAUCAGCCCUGCAGCUGAGUCUGGAGGUCGCUACCAUUCUACUCGGCUCGCUAUCGUCAAACCUGCGCUUCUCGCUCGUCGACUACGACGCUACUCAAACUGCCGCCGAUGGACUUGGCGGCCCGCAGACAACGGCGGUGGGUUUUGCUAUCUGGAAGCAGGUCGUGGCGCUCAAUGAGACCGCCAUCGACUACGUGCUUGAUGGGGUCAACAACGAUGUCGCCCUGGGAAGUGACUAUCUCACUCGCGAUCAGCUCAUGGCGGUCCGCGACUACAUCAUCGCUUGGGCGCAGAGUAGCGUCGUGCAGCGCGAUAGACAGAGGUUCUGGCGCAAGGCGUUUGCGAAGCGCACAGCCGACAGCGAUUUAAGUGACCCCGACGUGGAUUUGGAUCUCGAGCAAGUCGGCGUUCAAUCGGGAUUCAGUCUCCAGCCCUUGUCAGCACCGUCAAGCGCGACGACAGUGAGCGUCGCCACAGCGCAGCAGCUGUGGAACGCGUCGAUCGAGUACGCUUUCGUUCAUCCGGCAGGUUUCACGAAGUGGAUGAAUGUCGUUGGUGGAGUGGAGACUGGCACAACCUCGGGUCUCUUGGAUGGUGUUACGGGUAUGACAGGUGCCGAGGUGGACUCCAUCUCGAUGUGGAUCAAGCGCCUGCUAGUCGACGGCUUUAUUCGGCGACGAGCGCUUCUGCAGUGGACGCACGGAACUUGCUUAACAGCGCUGCAGUUGCCACGCGAAGACGGUUGUCUGCGAUAUGAUCUGGAGCCAAACAUCGACGGCGAGCAGCUCGGGUUCGAGAUGAACCCCGACGCAGUACUUGACAUCGGUUCCGGGAUCUCUCAAGCCGCUCGCGAAGCUCUUUGGGAUGUCACGCAAGACUCUGUGUCCUUCCUCAUGCCAGCACACCCCGCCGACACGACCAAGUGCUAUGGUCGGUGGGUGCAAGCGAUGCGAACGAGCAACUACGCGCGCCUCAUCGACGACUCCCCGCAGCUCAAAGCUCUCGCUGUUACCGAGGCGAGCGCAGAAGCUAUUGGGGCGUGGCUGCUAGAUUGGGCCCAGAACGACUUGAACAAGCUCGCCGUCUACUACUGGUGGCUGCGGAGUACAUGCUGGUCUCGAGAAGAGGACAGCCCGACUCAAGUCGCGUCUCAAUCGGUUGACACGGGCCAGUCCACAUGCACGGAAACGCCGGAUGAACAGGAGCAAACCACAGUGUCGACGCCUGCUGAUGAAUCUCCGUUCUUCACAGACGACAGGACGUACCUGGUGACGAAGGAUACAUGUCCGCCUACGGGGCCUCAGUUUACACGAACGAGGGAGACGUAUACCCUCAACGCUCGUGUGUAUUCCUGCGAUAUCGUGUCAACGGGCUUGGCGGACGACCUGGACGAUGAAACAACCGGAUUUGAGCUGGAGCCGCUCGUGCAGAACUCCGCGGAUCGGGUUAGUUUAGCUGCUGCAAUUGUGUUGUGGGACCCCGAGAGCGAGCUCUCGUUCCGCAACGCACAGGGCUACAAGAACUGGAUCGAGCUUGCAGCACACAUUAGUGGAGGGACUACGGGAGUAGCAGCGGAAAUCCAGGCGGUUGUCGCCGACGUGAACGCUGCGAUCACGUCGUUGUGCCAGGACGCUUUCGAAGGUGGAGGGGCCAGCUCGGGGAUUUUCAACGUGACCCUUACCGACACGAGCUGCUCGCCUGUAACCACGGCCCACGCCUCGCAAGUUGCUGCCUGGGUAAACCAGCAAAGCGGCUCUACUUGGGUGGAAAACUCCGUACUGGAUCAGUGGCGACGAGGCGAAGCAGGAGGGCUGGAUAUCGAGCCCUAUCGCGACGGUCUUCAGAGCGGUCUGGAGCUUACGACAGGCUGUGAGACGACGCUGGCUUCGUUGACACUGGACGAGUGCUCGACGAUCACCACUGAGAACGGAACAAAGUACGAAGUCCCUCGCGAAGCUCUCAAACUUUGGGAUAUUUCACAUAGCGCAUCCUUCCUCACUGUCGAAGGGUAUGCUUUGUGGGAUUCAUUGGCUUUAGCAGUUGAGAGCAGUGACGCCGCAAGUCUUCAAACUGCCCAAGCAGCCCUCGCAAAAGUCUGCGGCAGUACUGGAGCUUCCUCUACGUGGGAGAUCUGGAUGGAGCGCGUGUUCCAGUGGCUUCAGCGAUGGAGAACUAAUGAGCAUCUGGACCGAGAUGUUCUAGGGCAUUGGCUGUACGCGCGCUGCCCCACGACGCCUAAGGUUACUGAAGAGACCACCGCAGCUCCCCAGAUCUCUACUGUGCCUUCGUGCAUAGCGUCGCAGUCAACCAAAUUCUCUGCAAGUCUUGACGACAUCCAGCAGCGCGCGUCACGACCCGUUGCCUUCUUUGACGCGAACGUGGUGCAAGACGCAGCUCUCGUUCGACCCAGCACAACAGUCACAGUCGAUGAGGACUGGACGCUAUGCGAACCAUUGGAGCCGUCGGGCUUCACGCAAACGAUGGGGUCUCGGCAGAGCAAGAAGGAGUUCGAGGCUUGUAACUUGCUCAGCGUGCUAGCCGCUCCGGAACUGUACCCGCUCGCCAACGUCACGCAUGUGGAUGCAACGUUCGAGCUCAACCGGUCGGUACCGGCAGAUAUCUCCAUCGAGGUGGCUCAGGAGAUCUGGAGCUCGCAGUCAGCCUUCGGUCUCCUUGACGCCACUGCCUUCUUUGACAAAUGGUACCCAGCAAUCGACAGAUCUGCCGCUCUCCAAGCGCUUCAAGAGGACCUGGACGCACUCGUUGGGAGCUCAUCGCCUAGUGAUUUGUCUGCAGUCCAGGACUACCUCAAGCAGUGGGAAGGCAGUGACGCUGCAGCGACUAUUGUUGCUGCCUCGUGGAUCUCCACGGACGCGGCAAGUGUGGACGUGGAUAUCCACGAAGCCGGCGACCAGCGCGGGUUUGAGCUCUUCCGGAACGCUGCUUACAAAGGGUCAGCGAAUACGUUGCCGCUGCCUUCGCUUGAACAGGCAAAGCUCUUGUGGAGAACAUAUAGUGUGUACUCAAUCGUCCGAAGCGAUGGCGCUGAGGACGAUGCUGGGCUUCCGACGGGCUUUCGAGCCUGGGAAGAAAUGUACGACGGUGUGGACUAUGAGUCGGAGCAGCUUGUAGCGCAGUACCCGCUGAAGAGUCAAGUCACGCGAGCAUCAAGCAUGACUCACACUUUGAGUGCCUCAAAGCAAGCGUUACUGUUAGCAGCCAUGACUGCUGCAACUUCACUGACCGAGGCACAAAUCCGUGGCGUUGCUCGCUGGCUGUUCAACUGGGCCACCGACGACUCGCUGCGAUACUUUAUGCUGGUGCAAUGGGGGGCGGGUGAAGCCUUUCGAGGCGAUUCAACUCGGAGCUUGGACUUAGCCUCUCACUUGGAGCGAUUGUACUCUUUCGUCGUCACCUCCGACAUGGACCGCGAUUAUUUUACAGCGGCUUCGCCCGUUCUGGCCGGUACAAGCCGAGUAUCGCUAAGGAAGUUGUGGGAUGUUGGGACCACGGGCUCUCUUCUGGAUCCAGCGAGUCGAAUCGUGUGGUGCAUGGUGGCAGUAGCUGACGGUGACGGGAACACGAGAGCACCAUGCGCACAUCUUCUCGACGGCUACGGAGUGCUCGAAGAUUCUGCGUUCAACGAGUUCGUCGCACUGGUCCAGCCAACGAUUCCCAACACUCCAAUCGUUCAGUCAACAGCAGACCUGAACGAUCUAGCGCUGGGGUUCCUGGAGCAGGCUCUUACAAUGACAUCUGAGCAGCUCCAAGCCGUAGCGUAUUGGUAUCGAGGGGUGCCUGAGUCCUCGCUGUUUUUCCAGGUGUACCAGCUAGACGGGUGGAGUGCAGCUCCAACCAAACCGUCCCAAGACCCCCUUCAGUUCGGAUAUGAGCUGGCGUUCGUUCUCCCAUGGAAAACUGAGGUGGUGGCCCGCAGUGUGUCGAUUAGUGACCUCGUUGCGAACGUUGCAGUGCUGGGAGGAACCGAGAAAACAAUUGACGAGUGCACCAGAUCUCUCUCGCUGCUUUUCACGCUUUGGGACGCCUCAAAUCCAGCUUCGUUUCUCCAUCCGACGGGGCUGUCGACGUGGCUUGCAUUCACCCGCGAGGAGAGCGUCGAAGCAGACGUAAUUGGCUCUGGGAAUCCAACCGCCAAGGUGAUCGACGACCAGCAACUGGCAGCCGCCACCGUCUCGUGUCUGUUGCAACUUGUGGGACAUUGGCUCAAGUCGUGGUCUAGUCACCCCAGCGCUCGCAUGUUUAUCGAGGAAUUCUGGAUCGCUCCGAUCACUCAAGGGGCUGCAUCGACCGCCCAGCUACUUCCGAGUGCAGCAGACAUGGCCAAGGCGUUCCCUUUGAACGAGCUGGACUUGCAAGCACAAGAAGAAGCAAAGCUCUUCAGUACUACGGAUUGGUGGGUAGCAGCGGCUCGCGUUUUGCUGGACGUUGAAGAGUCUGUGUCGCUGGUGAAUCCAGACGAGGGGUUUGCACUGUGGCGGACAAUGUUGGUCGCCUGCUUUUCGUCGGAUCGGACGACGGGGAACUGCCGAGCACCUGACGAGCCUGCCAACUACGAGGCCCACAAGAAGCAGGCUCUCAGAGUGCUGUCACGCUCUCUGCUGGACCGCAUUGGUGCUGUAUCUCCGUCACUAUCCACGACCAGUGACGAAACUCUGCUGGCCUACACAACCUCCAUGAUCUCGUCUCGCAUCGUCCCUUGGCUGACUGCUUUGCUGGACGACAUUGUUCUCGAGCAAUACGCAGUUGACCAGGUACGCGUAGCCAACAGCGACGAAGACAGCACUACAGGUCCGUUGAGGUUCUUGGACUUGGCUGCGGCCCAGUUCGUCAAUGGCAGCUCCACUGCAGCCAAUUACUCCGUGUUCGACACGAGCUCUGGCCACACCAUUCUAGACGACAAUGGGACUCGGUCGGAGCGAUUUCCACGCACCGCGUUCGUAUUUGACGCUUCGAGUGGUGCAGUUGUGCAACAAACCAUCCCUUUUCCCCCGGGAUUCGGCGAGCUGAGUGCGUUCUGCAGUGAAAGUGCGCACGAUCGUCGCUUUGCCUACGAUGCAGAUGUCACGUGCAGCUUUGGGACGGAGUAUACGCUCUCGAUCAGCGAGACCCUCGCACUCUGGACUGCGUUCGGGUUCAAUGACACGACAGCGUGGACGUGGCCAACGCGCAGUGUUCCUGCCAGCCUCUCGGAGAGCGGGGUCCCUCCUCCAUCUGCACUGCCGAGUACCUUCCGAAGUGCGUUGCUGUUGGAUGCGUUCCUGGCUCAACCAUUCGAGACCACGUCAGCGUGUGAAGCUCUAACGUUGACAGUCAUCGAAGCUUACGAUAGUGAGUGGAGCCAGCAGGAGAAGCUGCAGAUUUGUGUGGAUCGAUCGGGCGAGGCAGGCGUUGUGGGGCUGACAACAGUGUAUCUGCGCCUGCCCGGUCUCGAGGCGUUCAAUGACAAACCGGUCAGCUUUGUACAUGACAUGCAGGCUUACUUGCGGUAUGCGGCCACCAAGUUCGGCUUUGAGCCAAACAUCCUCCAAUUGCCCCCAAGUUCACCACAGCAGGAAGUCUCUCAAUCGCCAUCCUUGGGCUACCCGACAGGCGGGUACUUUGCUGCAUCCACGGUAUCCCAAGUGUUGUUCGCAUCACCUCCAAGCGAGGCGGGCGAUUCCCCCGAGAUAACUCCGUUGUGGGCCAACGCUACGACCACCGAGCGUGGGGCCUCGGCAUUUGAGUUCGUGCUCCCAUCGGAAGACAACGCAGCGCUGUACAGGAAGAGCAAGAGCGUCGUGGGCCGACUUCUUGCAGUGGAUAACACGACGCUAAUGAACGCGUGGGGCGAGGACGUGGAGCUCAGCGCGGUGCGAGUGACGGAUGGCACGCAGUUCACGACUGCGGUGCUCACGGGCCAGGGCGAGAACACGGCCGACUCGGUGGAGUUUCCGCCCAAGAAGCUCUACUUCUACUGGGGAUACGCGCGUCGCGUGGCUCAGAUCUCCUUCGACUCCAACACGACCCGCUUUGGCCUCUCGACGAUGCGGUACGCUGUUGACUGGACGCUGCCUUCGCGCCUUCCGACUGGAAUCGUCGAGAGUGCUGCGGCGCCCUCCCGCCCGAGCCUCAACAUGAGUUUCCUCAGCAACGAUCUGCCCUUCGUCGUGCAAAACAGCUCGAACCCAGACAGCCCAACGUCGGUGUUUGAUGUCGACCCUCGAACUGGUGCAGUACUGCACCGUCGACUUGUGUGGCAGCUCACGGCGCAAGUUGGAGACUCCCAAGUGCUCGACGUUUGGCACGCGGAUCUGGCUGCGGGGUGGCUUCCAAUGGUCUGGAUCGAGGAGGAGGGUGGCCUCUCCCGCUUCCACUCCAUCGUCCCAGAGGCGUCUGCAACCGCAGUCAUGAACGGCGGUGAAGAAGACGAAGACGUACUAAAGAGCGCGUGCACAGCGGAAGACGGCGAAGCAGACGCCGUCGACGGGUCAGCGGAGGGCAUGCAAACGAUGCUGGACCAGACCGAGGGCAUCGAUAGCGAUGAGAUUCGAACCGAAGAAACCACGAGGGCGUGGCUGCAUCGGGCCUCGGAGUAG